UCCUGCUGUCCUGCUAUAGACAUCCUUUCCUUCGUUAUCUUUAUAUCCUCCCGUUCGUCUUUCCCUUCACAGCAACACGUUGCACAAGGGGCGCGGACGGUCUACUUCAUUCCCGUGUUCUGUACAACCUCCCUCAACAAUGUCCCGCCCUCCAGCACCAAACUCUUAUAAUGCACCGUACGCACCGCCGCCAGAUCCUCGGGACCCCUUCUCUACCCCCAGCGGUCAGCCUCAGGGGCAGCGUUACUACGACGACGACGCGAGUCAAAAUGGUGCUUACUACGACCAAAGCGCUCCGUACGAUUCAUAUGCCCAACCGCGCGACGGCGAUUCCGUCAGCGAAGCCGAUGUGUACGGACAGCGCUAUACUCCGUCAGCGGAGUCGCUGAUGCCGCCACGCAUGGCGACGUCGGAAAGCUCAACACAGACCUUCACAGAUUACGUCCCGCAAGGCGCGCGUGAACCUUACCCGGCAUGGUCUCCAGGACGUCAAAUUCCCUUAUCCAAGGAAGAGAUCGAAGACAUAUUCCUCGACCUUACGCAGAAGUUUGGUUUCCAGCGUGAUUCGAUGCGCAAUAUGUUCGAUUUUCUGAUGACGCAACUUGAUUCUCGUGCCAGUCGAAUGUCCCCGAACCAGGCGCUGCUCACCCUCCACGCCGACUACAUCGGAGGCCAACACGCAAACUAUCGAAAGUGGUAUUUCGCUGCUCAGCUCGACCUAGACGAUGCUGUCGGCAGCUCGCAGAACCCCAGCACCCUCACCCGUAUGCGUAGCAUGCGAGGUGGUGGGCCGACUCGCAGUCAACCCAAAACGGCCAGCGAAAAGAGCUUGCACACCGCGCUCAACCGCUGGCGUGAGGCUAUGAACGCCAUGUCCCAAUAUGACAGGCUGCGACAGCUCGCCUUGUUCUUGCUCUGCUGGGGUGAAGCUGCCCACGUACGGUUCGUCGCGGAAUGCUUGUGCUUCAUUUUCAAGUGCGCGGAUGACUAUUACCGAUCGCCCGAGUGCCAGAAUCGCGUUGAACCUGUCCCUGAAGGCUUGUAUCUCCGUGCUGUCGUCAAGCCGCUGUACCGCUUCUUCAGGGAUCAAGGGUACGAGGUCGUUGAAGGCAAGUUCGUUAGGAAGGAAAAGGACCAUGAGCACAUCAUCGGUUAUGAUGAUGUCAAUCAGCUUUUCUGGUACCCGGAAGGGAUUGCUCGCAUCGUGCUCACCGACAAGACACGACUGGUUGAUCUGCCACCCGCCAAGCGCUUCAUGAAGUUUGAUAAAAUCGAUUGGAACCGUGUAUUCUUCAAGACUUUCUACGAGAAGCGUUCGUUCCUUCAAUUACUUGUCGACUUCAACCGCAUAUGGGUUAUCCAUAUCUCUCUCUUCUGGUAUUAUACCGCCUACAAUGCGCCUACCAUCUACGCACAACCAGGCACUACAACCCCUACCGCACCUAUGACCUGGUCAUGCACCGCCCUGGGUGGUGCAGUUUCGACGAUCAUUAUGAUACUUGCGACGCUGGCCGAAUUCUCUUUCAUACCCACAACAUGGAACAACACCUCGCAUCUUACCCGUCGCCUCCUUUUCCUCCUCGUAACACUCGGAAUAACAGCUGGUCCUACCGUUUACAUCGCAGGCUUUGAUCGCACAUCCCAGGUGGCGCUCAUUCUGGGCAUUGUUCAAUUUUGCGCCUCAGUGUCCGCUACUGUGCUCUUUGCUAUCAUGCCCUCCGGUCGGAUGUUUGGUGAUCGCGUAGCAGGCAAGAACAGGAAGUAUCUGGCAUCCCAAACCUUCACCGCUUCUUACCCUAAGCUGGAUGUGAAGGCCCGGACCGCAAGUCUCGGACUGUGGGUCCUCGUUUUCGGCUGCAAGGCAACUGAAUCGUACUUCUUCCUCACUCAAUCCUUCCGGGAACCCGUGCUCGUUCUCGUGGGUAUGAGGGUUCAGCGGUGUUCAGAGAAGUAUUUUGGUGCUGCACUGUGCUCGAAUCAAGCCGCAUUCACACUCACCAUCAUGUUCCUCAUGGACUUGACAUUGUUCUUCCUCGACACAUUCCUGUGGUACGUUAUCUGGUAUACUGUGUUCUCUAUUGGUCGUUCUUUCGCCCUCGGCCUCUCCAUCUGGACACCGUGGAAGGACAUCUACAUGCGAUUGCCAAAGCGAAUAUAUGCCAAGUUGCUCGCGACAGCCGAUAUGGAAGUCAAGUACAAGCCCAAGGUGCUGGUUUCGCAAAUCUGGAAUGCCGUCAUUAUAUCGAUGUACCGCGAGCAUUUGCUCUCUAUCGACCACGUACAGAAGCUUUUAUACCAUCAAGUUCAGUCUGACCAGGAUGGUCGUCGCACACUCCGUGCACCUCCCUUCUUCAUUUCUCAGGGUGACAGGACAUACAAGGGAGAGUUCUUCCCUCCCGGAUCCGAAGCCGAACGUCGCAUCUCGUUCUUCGCACAGUCGCUUACGACGGCUAUUCCUGAGCCUCUUCCUGUGGACGCCAUGCCGACAUUCACCGUCCUAACUCCUCAUUACUCGGAGAAGAUCUUGCUCUCUCUUCGUGAGAUCAUUCGUGAGGAAGAUCAGAACACCAGGGUUACCUUGCUCGAAUAUCUCAAGCAACUGCAUCCGAUUGAAUGGGACAACUUCGUCAAGGAUACCAAGAUCCUCGCGGAAGAGGCAGCUGCUUUCAACGGUACUGCCAGCAAUCCAUUUGGCGUCAACGGAGACGAAAAGUCGAUCACGAACAAGGCGGAUGACUUACCUUUCUAUUGCAUUGGCUUCAAGUCUGCGGCCCCUGAAUUCACUCUUCGGACGCGUAUCUGGGCCUCUCUACGUGCUCAGACGUUAUACCGCACUGUUUCAGGCUUCAUGAACUACUCAAAGGCGAUCAAGCUCCUCUACCGUGUUGAGAAUCCCGAAGUCGUCCAGUUGUUCGGUGGUAAUACCGACAAACUCGAGCGCGAGUUGGAGCGUAUGGCUCGUCGCAAGUUCAAGAUGGUCGUUUCCAUGCAGCGUUACAACAAGUUCACGGCCGAAGAGCUUGCGAACGCGGAAUUUCUCUUGCGUGCAUACCCUGACUUGCAAAUCGCCUACUUGGAUGAAGAGUCCCCUGGCAAAGAGGGCGGGGAGCCUCGUCUAUUUUCUGCUUUGAUUGAUGGGUACUCGGAGAUCAUCCCGGAGACUGGCAAACGUCGCCCCAAGUUCCGCGUCGAGCUACCAGGCAACCCCAUUCUAGGUGACGGGAAGUCUGAUAACCAGAACCACGCAAUCAUCUUCUACCGUGGCGAGUAUCUCCAGCUGAUCGAUGCCAACCAGGACAACUAUCUCGAGGAAUGUCUGAAGAUCCGUAACGUGCUCGGCGAGUUCGAGGAAUACAGUCUGUCCAGCCAAUCACCUUAUGCACACUGGGGUUCCAAGGAGUUCAUUAAACCACCUGUCGCUAUCGUCGGCGCUCGCGAAUACAUCUUUUCCGAGAACAUCGGGAUCUUGGGUGAUGUUGCUGCUGGCAAGGAACAGACAUUUGGGACUCUCGCGGCUAGGGCGCUUUCCUGGAUUGGAGGCAAACUGCAUUAUGGUCAUCCUGAUUUCCUGAACGCUAUAUUCAUGAAUACACGUGGUGGUGUAUCCAAGGCGCAGAAAGGCUUGCACUUGAACGAAGAUAUUUAUGCCGGCAUGAAUGCAUUCGGACGUGGUGGAAGGAUCAAACACACCGAAUAUUACCAGUGUGGCAAGGGCCGUGAUCUCGGCUUUGGCACUAUUCUCAAUUUCCAGACCAAAAUCGGAACGGGUAUGGGUGAACAGAUGCUGUCCAGAGAAUACUACUAUCUCGGUACGCAGCUGCCGAUUGAUAGGUUCCUUACGUUCUACUAUGGACAUCCUGGUUUCCACAUUAACAACAUUCUUGUCAUUGCGUCGGUGCAGAUGUUCAUGGUUGCUCUGGUUUUCCUGGGAACUCUCAACAAGCAGCUGACCGUUUGCCAAACAAACGCAAACGGCGAUGUUCUUGGUGGUCAACCCGGUUGCUACAACCUUAUCCCAACGUUCCUCUGGAUUCAGCACUGCAUCAUCAGUAUCUUCCUCGUCUUCUUCAUCGCCUUCUUUCCGCUGUUCUUACAAGAACUGACCGAGCGUGGUACGGGUCGCGCUCUGCUUCGUCUGGGCAAACACUUCCUGUCGCUUUCCCCGCUGUUCGAAGUGUUCUCCACGCAGAUAUACUGUCACUCAAUUCUGAGCAACUUGACAUUUGGUGGUGCUCGUUACAUCGCUACGGGCCGUGGUUUCGCCACAACGCGGAUCUCCUUCAGCAUUCUCUACUCUCGUUUCGCUGGACCCAGUAUCUACUUAGGGGCACGUGCAUUGCUCAUGCUGCUUUAUGCGACAUUGUCGAUCUGGAUGCCGCACUUGAUAUACUUCUGGCUCUCGAUUCUGGCCCUCUGCAUCGCUCCGUUCUUGUUCAACCCCCAUCAGUUCUCGUUUGCCGAUUUCGUUAUUGACUAUCGCGAGUAUCUGCGUUGGAUGUCUCGGGGUAACUCAAAGCAACACACGAACUCUUGGAUCGGAUACUGCCGGCUCAGUCGUACCAUGAUUACUGGUUACAAAAAGAAACGCUUGGGUCAGCGCUCAGAACCGCUCACCGGUGGUGAUGUACCACGAGCUUCUUGGCGGGCCGUCCUGUUCUCCGAGAUUAUCUUCCCUUGGAUCAUGGCCGUCCUGUUCAUCAUUGCCUAUAUGUUCGUCAAGUCAUUCCCUGAUCCCAAGACUGGCCUAUCCGCAAAUCCGAUUGUUCGUAUUGCGAUAGUGUCGUUAGGCCCAAUUGUCUGGAACAUGGCUGUUCUCAUCGUGCUGUUCCUCGUAUCACUGUUUUUGGGCCCGGUACUUGGUGGUGCCUGCGUCAAGUUUGGGGCAGUAAUGGCUGCCACUGCUCACUUUUUGGCUCUUUUCGGCAUGAUCGGGUUCUUCGAGUUCCUUUGGUUCCUGGAAUCUUGGGACGUAUCACAUGCUGUUCUUGGUCUCCUCGCUGUAAUCUUCAUCGAGCGUGCCAUUCACAAGACCCUCAUCUCUGUCUUCAUCAGCCGUGAGUUCAAGAACGACGAGACGAACAGGGCAUGGUGGACCGGUAAAUGGUAUGGGCGUGGCCUCGGUCACCACAUCAUGUCCCAGCCGGCAAGAGAGUUCAUAGUCAAGAUUGUGGAACUGUCCCUCUGGAGCGGUGACUUCUUGCUUGGUCAUGUUCUGCUCUUCAUGUGCUCCGUUCCUAUGGUGAUUCCGUUCGUGGAUCGUCUGCAUUCCACAAUGCUCUUCUGGCUGCGGCCAUCCAAGCAGAUUCGGGCACCUUUAUACUCCCUCAAGCAGAAGAAGAGCCGCCGGUACAUAGUGAUCAAGUACACGAUUGUGUAUAUCCUCGUACUCGCCACAUUCGUCGCGUUGAUCGCUAUACCCGCUAUUUUCCGCAACAUGCUCAACGUCAAAUGUUCAUUCUGUGAAUCUAUUUAAGGACAUUCUCUGCAUAUGGACAUUACCAUUUAUUUCUCUUUGCUUUUCACUCCCUGCACUCGUUGAAUGAUCCUCAUCCUUUCCUUAAUUUUGCCUCGGAUACACCCAGUACCAUGACUCCGCUGGACAGUGAGAAAAGGCGACCCGUAACUGGAAUGCCUCAAUCAUGCUUGUAUCAAAUAUCAU